GGCUGAGACGACACCUCCCGCUCCGAUCACUGGGCUUGGACUAAAGAGCUACCUGCAGCAUGAAGGCAACAGGUGCCUUAGUGCUUCUCAGCCUGCUGCUGCUCUCUUUCUUCUCUGUUCCAGAUGUAGCAGGUCAAGACAUUGAAGAGAUUUGUAAAGAGUUCGUAAACAGGAGCGUGUACUGCACGAGGGAGUCCAACCCUCACUGCGGCACUGAUGGCAUCACCUACGGGAACAAGUGUGCCUUCUGCAAGGCAGUGCUGAGAAGUGGAGGGAAAAUAAGAUUGAAGCACCUGGGGAAAUGCUGAGUCCUCAUUGUCACCGAGCAGCAAGAGCUGAGCCCCUGUUGGCAGUGGCUGCACACAGCUGUGCCUGGACUCAGGAGCAGCCUGCCCUCGCCUCUGCUGUCUCUGCUCAAUAAAAUAAA